AUGGAUGAAACCGUUCAGGUUUUGCUAAUCAUUACAUUUUCCUUUCAAAAUGACUCAACUUUCGAAAUAGUCGACACUCUUGUACAAUAUGCUUGCCGCGUCGUCAACCAUAGCAGUGAAUUCGAAAGUAAAUGUUAUCGAGAAGUCUAUCAACAAGCUCGACAGAUUCAAGAAGGAUACGAUGGUCGAUCAAAUACUGCAAAUCCUGAUAAUACUUCACCGCCCUCCAUUCCAACAUCUCCUUCAUUUUCAAACUUUCAAGAAAAACGUCGUUCAAAUAUCAGUAUGCGUAAUCCACUUCGACAAAUGGUUAAUCGUGCUGGCAGUCUGCGUUCAUCAAGUAAUUCAGCCGUAUCCUCAAUUACAAAUGACGAACAAGCAAUAGAACAUGAAGCUGCUAGUAAACAUUUAGAUACAAUGAAAACCGAUGAUGCACGUGCGGAUAUCAAAGUUCAAGUGAAAACAUUCUCCAGUCAUUUUCAUAAGAAAUGUAUGAAUAAAAACGUACAUAUUGACGCAUUAAUCCAAGACUACGCAACAUUUAAAGAUGCUUUGAAAAAGCGUAUUCAUACACAUCCAAUCUAUCAACAUGAAAACGAAGAUUUGAUUCAUAGCGUUCGUGAUUAUCUUGAAAAGAUUGUUUUCACUCGAGAUUAUUCUUCCAUAUUUCUUCGUAUUGCUAUCACAUGCGAAGAAAAAGACUUAUCUAUUCAAAAUCGUAUAUCAUCACUUCAUUGGAUAACAGCGCCGAUGUUAGAUACAGUAAUCAAUGAAAAUAUACCUGCUGCACAUGAUGCAAUUUACAAAGCAAUCAAUGUUUUAAUUGAACUCGAUUCGAAAACGACUCCGCAAGGAAAAAUUCAAUCGAUUAUGGAAUGUAAAUCAUGUAUUGAAACGGCAAUCCACGCAAGUAAUAGCAGCAGUGGAAUAAAUGCAGAUAGUUUUCUUCCCGCAUUGAUCUACAUUGUUUUAAAAGCAAAACCACCACGUUUACAUUCGAAUAUGCAAUUUCUUAGUCAUUUUUCUCAACCCAGUGGCGAACAAUUAUAUUAUCUAGCUAAUCUUGAUUCUGCAGUUCGAUUCAUUGAACUCUUGCAAGCUGAACAUCUCGGUUUAUCUUCGGAUGACUUUUCGUUAUACAUGCGUGGUGAACCGGUCUUACCUUCGGAAUUUGUUUCUUUAUUCGAAUCAACUGAUUGCGAUGAAGCAACGAGCCGACAACGACGAAAGAAAUUCGCUCUUUACCACGAACUGGAUCAUCACUGUGAAAAGUUCGAUGAAAACCUCGUAGAUUUCAAAAAACAUCUAAACCAAACCGUCGCCGAUAUACGAGAAUUACUGAAGGAGAGCUAUGCACGUUUUCCAAAUUUAGAAAAGUUUCCGCAAUUAAUCGAUAUUGACAGUAAUGAUCAAUUAGAAGAACUAUCAACACUUGUGACAAGUCCGAAAAAUAUUAGUGAAAUUUUCGAUCAAUCGACAUCGGAAAAUGAAUGUUUACCUGAACCAUUGGCACCUGAAAUUAUUUCACAGCAAACAAAAGUGCUUGUAUUUACACAGGAUGUUUUUCUGUAUUGUUCACAAAAGGCCAAACAAUAG